AUGAACACACGCUACCCCCCGCCCAUCGGGCGAAGUCGGGUGUUUAGGAAGGACGCAGACGGCGGCCGAGCCCUCAAACCCCGGACCUCCGACGCCGGGGCAGCCCUCACCUGCAGUUCUGUGGGGGAAGGCUCCCCCGCUGUCCGAGGGCGGGGCGGCUCGGCCGGCUCGGCCCCCAGGGGGGCGUCGGGGACCAGGGCGCACACGCCAGCAUCCUGCGGGGGGGAGCCAGCGGGGGAGGGGGUGAGACCGCCCGGGGAAAGCCGGGCCUCAGCCGGGGCAACGCCACAGACUGGGCAUCCGGCUGGGCCCAGAGGACGGGACGGGGACGCCGGCCAGAGGGGGGUUCGCUCGACCGAGGAUGUGUUUGGUGGAGACGGAAGCUCGCGGCGUUUCCUAGGGCCCCCCCACGUCCUGGGGAGGCGGCUCGGGGAGAAGCCUAUGAACCCCACGGGCUGCUGCCGCCUCGCCUCAGACGCCCAGCUCAGGGCCCUGGGCCUCCGACCGGAGGCUCGUACCCACCACCCACCCCUGGGCCCUGCGGGACCUCGGGCUGCGCCGGCCAGGCGGGGGGACGCGCGGGGGGUGGGGGAACGCAACCCAGCUGUCGGUCAGCAGCUGGGAGCAGCGUGCGGUGACGCCAACGACGGACCCUCCCGCCUCCCCGUGCAUCCCCUGCAGGCGGGCAGCGUGUGGCCGGAGACCCGCCCGCCUGCGCCGGGCGCCCAGAGGCCGCAGCGGAGCACGCACGGCAAACGCAAGAGGAAGGGAAGCGGAUGGACCUGCAGGGAGUCCUGGGGACGAGCAGCCUACCUGACGGCAGAACACUCCCAGGUGCCGACAGAGCCACCGCCUGACCCAGGGCACCCACGGCGUCGGCCACGGCCCACGCCUGUGGCUGGGCACCCAGGCCUGUGUGGCGGGGCACGGGCGAGCCCCGGGCCUGCGCCCAGGGAGCCGGCAGCGGCCCAGGCCUCCUGGGGACCGGGAGCGGAGGGCAGCCCCCUGCGGGCCAGAAACCCAGACACCAAGUCCCCACUCCAGAGCCGCCCUCCUCUGCGGGCUGAGGCCGGGACAGGGGCCCAGGGACACCAGCCCGUGCCUGCCAGAGGCCGGCGGUCUCCACGGAGGUGGACGAGGAGGCAGCGGAGCCCAGCCUCCCUCCGGGAAGCCCUCCGGAGGCAGCGGCGGCGGCGGCAGCGAGCCCGGGAGACGGUGCAGCGGAAGCACGCAUUAGUGAUAAUCCCCAAGGAUCGGCGAGAGGCCAGCCCCACACCUGCCUUCGCACAUGAACACGAGGCCCACGACAGGAGCUUCUUCCCGUUCUUCGUCCUACCUGCCUCCAAAAACCUGCCACCCACUUCACCCCCCAAAAAUAGGCCCAGCCCGGGCUCCUCCUCGGGACGGCUCUCACUGGCCCUCGGCGUCUCCCACACCCAGGGUGCAGCUCAGCGCCAGCCACCGCCCCAGGCCCUGCAAGGAACAAGCUUGCGCAAGUGGCACGACCUCCCCGAGCCCGUCUCCUUUCCCGGACAACGCCGGCGGCCCCCAGGAAUGCCAGGCGGGCGCCGCCGCUCCAACCAGGCCCCGGGGAAGCACUUUACCCAGGGCCCGCCCUCGUUACUCAGGAUCCUUCCUCAGGGACUACAAUCACUCAGCACCCCAACAUCAACAGGCCUGGCGCGCUCCAGGCCCCCGGCAGACGCGAGCGCAGCGGCAGGGCUCCUGAGCCACCCCGCGUGCACGCCGGCUCCCAGCCCAGGAGGAACCAAGGUCCCCGCGGCGGUCUGUUCGGCGCCACGGUGUUCACGCUUUCGCGCUUCUGCGCCGCGGGCGGCGGCGGCGGCGGCCCUGCCCGAGGUCGGCCCCAGCGAGGUCCGGCGUCCCCGAGCGAGCGCAGGAGGGCUGCCACGGGCCUCCGGGAGAGAGCACACGCGGGCGGCGAGCUUUGUGCAGGCGAGAGUGGAGGCGCCGCUGGCCAAGUUCAAUGUCAAUGAGUCAACAACACCCAUUCAGGAGCGGGGGCUCCGCUGUCACCUCGCAGCGCCCAGCUGCCGGGAAGCCGGGGACCGGGCCGCACCGUGUGCCCAGGACGCCUCCCACGUGGAGGCCUCCUGCUCGGACAGACAGGGCUCAGCCUCCGGGCCCCUGCGCCCCGACCCACCCAACCCCUUCCCAGGUGUCCAGCCCUCCAUCGAGCCGGGAGAGAGGCUUGAGGAGGUGCCACCAGGCCCCCCACUUCACCCCCCGGCCAUUCUCUCCUUUCACACCAAAACGCCUGUUCUGACAGGGCCUUCGCCAGAAACCCAGAGUUUAGACUGCGACUGCGCUACACCCUUUACAGGCCCCCCUCUGAGGGCCACACCCAUGCUUGGGCCCCGGACACCCCCCACCCCCGGCCGCGGUCCGGGCUGGACGGAGGUCCGGCUGGAGGUGGGCGGCGGCGGCGGCAGACGCUGCACCGAGGCUCCGCCGCCUCCCGGGCAGGCCCCGCGCCGCGCACACACCUGCCCCUUGGCCGCGGCGACCCUUGUCACUGGGGGAGGGGAGCCCUCUGUACCCCAGUUGGAACCGACGGAAACGCGAACACGAGCCUCUGGAGCCCGAAUCCGGAGGGCCGGCGACACUCGGAGCCAGGCUCGGGGCGAGGUCCCGAGCCCGGGGUCCCCGCGCGCCCGCCACACCCUCCCCGCGCGGGUCGGCCGGGCCGCGGCCUCUCCCCGCGCAGCCCGGCCCUCGGGGCUCCUCGCCGGCCUGGGGACGCGCCGCCUUCCGGCCGGGCCGCGGAGACACUCACCCGCUCGGCGCGGCCGCCGCUCCGUCCUCUCCGGCCGCGCUGGGCCGCUCACGCCGCCGGGGAGGCGCCGGCCCCGCGGCCCCCGCCCGGCCGCCUGCGCCCCGCGGCUCCGCGCGCGCCCGCCGCCGCCAGCUGGCCCCGCGCGAGCGGCCGGGCCGCGGCGGGCAUGCUCCGGGCCGUCGGCGGGGGGCGGGCGGCGGGCGCACGUGCGGCGGCGGCCGGGGUCUGCGCGCUCGCGGCGGGGCGGCUGGACAGCUCUACGCGCGGCCGCCGCUCCUCGCGCGCCCCAGCGGCCGCUGCUGCCCGAGCGCGCCCGGCCCGCCGCGCAUUCCCUCACCCGGCGGCGGCGCUGCGCCUCCGUCAGGCGGCGCGGGGAGCGGCGGCGGCGGCGGGGCCGGGCGAGGGCCGCCUCCGCCGGAAGGACCGGGCCGCGUGGGCUCCCGCGCUGGCCGAGCCGGGCACUGCCCGCGUCCCCGACCCCAGGGCUGCCCGCUCCCCGGGGCCGGGGCUCGCCGCCGCGCGGGGACGCCUCGGGGCGCAGGACCCAGACCUCUUUCUCCUCCGAGUCUGUCGGGGACUCGCCAAGUGCCCUCGGGAGCAGCAGACCCGCGGCAGUCGUCGCUCUCACGUAG